AUGUCUCUUGAAUCAGCUGAGAAUAACAUCAGAGGAAUACCAACUCAUGCUGGACGAUAUUUGCAGUACAAUAUCUAUGGUAACCUCUUUGAGGUUUCCAGAAAGUAUGUACCUCCUAUUCGUCCUGUCGGUAGAGGUGCUUAUGGUAUUGUUUGUGCUGCUGUAAAUGCUGAGACACGUGAGGAAGUCGCCAUUAAGAAGAUUGGCAAUGCCUUUGACAACAGAAUAGAUGCUAAAAGGACCUUACGGGAAAUAAAACUUCUUCGCCACAUGGAUCAUGAAAAUGUGAUGUCCAUUAAAGAUAUUAUACGACCUCCGCAGAGGGAGAACUUCAAUGAUGUGUAUAUUGUUUCUGAGUUAAUGGACACCGAUUUGCAUCAAAUAAUACGUUCCAAUCAACCAAUGACAGAUGAUCAUUGUCGGUAUUUUGUGUAUCAGCUGUUACGAGGACUCAAAUACGUACACUCAGCUAAUGUGUUGCACCGAGACCUCAAGCCUAGUAAUUUGCUACUGAAUGCCAAUUGUGACCUUAAGAUUGGAGAUUUCGGUCUCGCUAGGACUACAUCAGAAACCGAUUUCAUGACUGAGUAUGUGGUUACUCGGUGGUACCGAGCUCCCGAACUGCUUCUUAAUUGUUCAGAAUAUACAGCAGCCAUUGAUAUAUGGUCUGUCGGUUGCAUACUCGGUGAAAUUGUAACAAGACAACCCCUAUUCCCUGGAAGAGAUUAUGUUCAUCAGCUGAGAUUGGUCACCGAGCUGAUAGGUUCACCUGAUGAUGCCAGCCUUGGAUUCCUGCGCAGCGAAAAUGCUCGUAGAUACGUAAGACAACUUCCACAAUAUCCAAAACAAGAUUUUGCUACUAGGUUUCCCAACAUGUCUCCAGGUGCUGUUGAUUUGCUUGAGAAGAUGCUUGUGUUUGAUCCGAGCAAGCGCAUUAGAGUUGACGAGGCGUUGUGCCAUCCAUACAUGGCACCUCUGCAUGAUAUCAACGAGGAACCUGUUUGUGUCAGACCAUUCAGUUUUGACUUCGAGGAACCGAUGUUCACCGAAGAAAAUAUCAAGGAACUCAUCUAUAAAGAGUCUGUGAGGUUCAAUCCUGAUCCACCAAUUCACUGA